CGUCCCCGUUCCGUUGCCGGCCAGCCAACCAACCUUGGGGCGGGGGACACUCGUACUACGAGCAGCCCGAGACAGCAGUGAGUGGCGCGAGAGGCCCCGCGCCACACGAGACCGCGAGGCGCGCCGCAGCCGCACACCCACCUACCCGCCCGGAACCGCCCGUAAAUGCGGACGCAGGGGUGGGGGCGCGGGGCGGUGGCGCGCUUGAUGACGCCAUUCAAUCGCCGCGCGGCCCACGCAUCCUCCCCCCACCUGCUCCGCCUCUGCGGCUGCUCCUCUUAUUCCACCGUCGUCUCUCGCCUCCGACGCCACUUCGCCUCUUCUUCCUCCUCCCCAGCAUACUGCGCCAGACAGAACACCCAUACAUUCAUGGAGGUGGUUCAAGAAGUCCUUAAGCAUGGCUCAGCAAAUGGCGUCCGUGCAGCUAUAAGAGCUGACAAAAAGAGUUACAGCCUUGUCCAGCUUAUUGCAGCUUCCCUGGAUGUCCACAACAUUUUGUGCAGCAAAAAUAUGACACGGAAUGGAAUACAAAAUUCUUCUUUGGAAGGAAUAAAUGGAACAGGCUUCCUUCAUGGAGCUCGUGUUGGCAUUGUGGCUAAACCCUCUCCUGAAUUUGUUGCUGGGGUAUUUGGAACCUGGCUUUCUGGUGGAGUUGCAGUUCCCCUUGCACUUAGCUAUCCAGAAGCUGAGCUUCUUCACGUCAUGAAUGAUUCGGAUAUUUCAAUGGUUUUAAGCACCAAGGAGCAUCAUGAAAUUAUGGAGAACCUUUCUAUCAAGUGUUCUGCUUAUUGUUCUCUCCUUCCAUCUAUCACUAGUAUACCUUCAGAAAUAAAUCCCCAAGAACCUUCAAGCAAUGAGGUGACUUCAUCAGUCUCUAGUUUAAUAACUGAGGUCAACAGUUCAAACAAAAUCAAAGGAGAUGAUCCUGCUCUUAUCCUUUACACAAGUGGCACAACUGGGAAACCAAAAGGAGUUGUUCACACCCACAAGGGCAUCCUUUCUCAGGUCCAAAUUCUAUCAGAAGCAUGGGGAUAUCGAAGUGAAGAUCAAUUUCUGCACUGUCUUCCGCUGCAUCAUGUGCAUGGCCUUUUCAAUGCUCUAUUUGCACCCCUCUAUUCUGGAUCAGUGGUUGAGUUUAUUCCGAAAUUUAGCGUAAGCGGGAUAUGGCAGAGAUGGAGGGAAUCAUAUCCCAACGAUGCCAGUAAAAAUGAUGAGGCCAUUACAGUAUUUACUGGAGUUCCAACCAUGUAUACACGUCUGCUGCAAGGGUAUGAUAAUAUGGAUCCUGAUCAACAAUCCGCCUGUUCUUAUGCUGCAAAGCAGUUGAGGUUAAUGAUGUGCGGGUCAUCAGCUCUUCCUUCCCCACUUAUGAAGCGGUGGGAGGAAGUAACAGGUCACCGUCUUUUGGAACGUUAUGGCAUGACUGAGUUUGUCAUGGCACUGUCUAAUCCAUUGCAUGGUAUCCGGAAAGAAGGUACAGUUGGUAAACCUCUUCCACGUGUUGAGGCUAAGAUUAUUAUGGAUGAUGGUACUGAAACUACAACUGGAGUUGGUGAGCUCUGCAUUAGAAGUCCGUCACUUUUCAAGGAGUACUGGAAAAGACCAGAGGUUACAUCAGAAUCCUUCAUCGAUGGUGGAUUCUUCAAGACAGGUGAUACAGUAACUGUAGAUGAGGAAGGAUACUUCAUAAUUUUAGGACGCACAAAUGCUGACAUUAUGAAAGUUGGUGGUUAUAAGUUGUCAGCACUAGAAAUUGAGGCAGUGCUGCUAGAGCAUGACGCUGUAUUGGAAUGCGCUGUCCUUGGCUUGCCUGAUGAAGCCUAUGGGGAGGUUAUAUGUGCAAUAAUUGUGCCUAAGGAGGAUGCGAAGAAAAUGGCGGAGCAGGACUCAAAGCCAGCACUAACCUUGGAAGCAUUGACAUGUUGGUCGAAAGAUAAGCUUGCUCCAUACAAGAUUCCAACAAGAUUGUACUUGUGGGAUUCUCUUCCUCGCAAUGCCAUGGGAAAGGUUAACAAGAAGGAGCUGAAGAAAUUAUUAGGAGCUUAGCUACUGAGUUUAUAGAUAUCUUUAUAUAUUCGUUUCACUAAAGUAUAGUAAGGCGGACGCAUCAUAGUGAUAAGUUAUUUCUUUAUCAUGGAACAAUAAUUUCCCAAAACUUUCCUUCAUUCAUAUUUUAUUGUAUUUUUUCUUCAGUAUAUAUAUAGACAAUGAUAAUCUGUCGGGGGGAAAAACACCGACUAAUAUAGGAAAUUCGCAACGGCCU